UUUUCACGAAUACUUCAUUCUACUGCAAUUCGUCUUAAAGUGAACAUCCGCCUUUAAAGGUUUUUUCGCGAGUGACAUUGAAGUGAAAGCUUGUGUUUCCUUCUUAAACACAUUAUUUAUGCACAUUUAAAACAACAUUAUAAAGAAAAAUCCUAUUUUCACCUCCUCUGCAUUUAUUGCAACAAUACUAAAUUUAGCGUAAACUACUAUCUAUUUACGGGUAUCGAUCGGCGUAUAAGUUCUGCAAGAGUGCGAAGCGAGUGCUAUACUUUUACCGGCGACAGCUAUUUCUCACCAAAAACGUUAAAACGCAAGAGUCACCGUCACCGCCGCCGAGAUGGCGUUCAUGAUGCCAGUAGUGAAGAACGAUUGGGACAUUUACAACUCGCAGCGAUCGCGGCGGACUUCGGAGUCGGCGGACAAGGCGGGGAUCGGCGGCCGGGUGCGAAAGGUGUCCGAGUCUCGCUCCGAGGGGCCCGUGUUGUCUCCACGCAGCGCCGCGUUGAGCCCGCAUCGCAGCGCUCCAGCCAUGCGUUCGCUGUCGUACUGCCGCGCGCCGCCCAGCCGCGUCUCCUUGCGACAGUACGAAAACCUGAAGGGCUCGGCUAGUCCACCCAGCGCCAAGGAAACUGAGAAGUUCCACAGCAGGGCGCGAGCGGGCUCCCCCGAGCGACGCUCGCGUUGCGGCGCCUGCAUGCCCUACCUGUGACGAGCGCGGCCCGCGGCGGAGGAGACACACCAUCUGUGAUAUGUACCGGCGGACAACACCAGUUGAGUACAAUGAGUGUGAACGGACUUAAGAUAUGACGGAACAUUUUUGUGUUAGAAUAGUCAUUUGGUUCGCAUAAUGCAUGUGUGGGAACCGAGAGCUUGAUAGUUGAUACUGGUAUGCUUACUAUGAAUGUUUAAGACUGCGUUUACUUUAAGGGUUUAGUUAGGUUGCCGGGGUUUGUUUUGGCUUUCCUCUCACUCCGGCGGUUUAGUUAUGGCAGUUCGCGAUUUAACUGUGAUUUGUAACUCGUAAGUUACGGUGUUAUUUAUUGUAUAAUAUGAUCGGAGUACCUUUAUUUAAUUAAUAUUUUUUGUAGCUGUGACGAACACCGUAUGUAGUGAGACUAUGUUUGCGGGUUGUUGCGUUAAGACGAGAAAUUAUUACAGUAGGACGAGAUUAUCUUCGGUUGAUCAGAAAAAUAACACAAUUCAAGUGUUUUGACUUUAAACAAUAAAGCCAGCAAGUAUUAAAAUCUUUAUUUGCUUGUAAAGGUGUAUUAAUUUAUUCAUAUAUUUAUGGUAUUGAAUAUAUAGUAGAUAUAUAUUGUGACUAAUUACAUUAUUAUUGAUGUAAGCCUUAAUUUUGUUACAUAAUGUAUGAUUUUAUGUGAUGUUAACAUUGACUGUGUAAAUGGACCAGCUUUAUUAAAGUUAGGACAGGUAUUUUUCAGUGUAACUGAAUUAGUGACGUAAAAGUGAUUGUAAACGUAGGAUCUAUUUUAAGAGUAGAAAGAUGUGAGAAACUAAUGGAUAAGAAUUAUACAGCCAGUUCCUUCCUUAAACUAAAAAAAAUUAAAGAACUGCCAUAUUUCUACAAUAUUUUUUUUUUUCGCAAACUUCAUACAUAAUAGAAGGUAGUUUCACUAAAUCUACGCGCAAACUGAAAUUAGCAUUGUGAGUCGUUAUUUUGAAUUUAGACUAUGAUUCAAAUUUAACAACAAAGAAAGAAAUAAUAAUAUAAAAUUUAUUGAAAACAAUGUAAAUAUGUUUUUAUCUUGUACAUACAUAAACUAAUUAAUAUGCUAGCAGCCAGUACGUCUGUUUUUUUAGUAAAAUGUUAAAUUGUUAAAAUGAUAUCGAAGAUUUCAAGUUGUUGCAAACUAUUAAUUAUGGUUGUGACGGCAUAACGAGUAUUUUUUAAUGUUACCUUCUAUUAAAUUAAUGUUAUUAUUUUAAUGAUAUCAGGCAAAUCUAUCAGCAAAUCUGUUUGCGUGCGAUCAGACUUCAGAGUGGUUAUACCUAAUUAGAUGCAAAACAUUUUAAUCUGUAUUUUAUCGAAUCUGGUGAUUUUUUAAAUAUAUUGCUUAUAUCCAAUUUAA